AUGACAAGCACCAGUUGGCACUUGCGACUGUGCAGUGCUGGUGCCACCGUUGAGCAGAACUUUGUGUUUUGUGCACCCCACGUGACGGACGACGGAAUUUCGUGUUCGUCCAAAUUGAAGGGGGGACGUAGGCAGUACAUUGUCACAUCGAUUUCCAAGAUCACGCCAGACCAAGAGCUACCAGUUGACAGUUCAUUCUCGACACCGGCCAUUGGCAACGACACGAAGGAAGGUGCUUUCGUGACGUCGACAACUGGGUCAGUCAGCCCACGUCACAUGCAAACGAUCGCCCCGACGCGAUAUUUCUAUGGUGGUGUUGGAAAGGGGCUGCACACGUUUCGAUUCGUAUACAUAACGCGAGACGCGGUCGAAGGAAUACUCACGCAACCACCACCACAGCCAUCCAAUCCACCACCGCCGCCAUCGAUCCCAUCACUCCAGCCACCACCGCCAUCUAUUCAGCCAACAGUGGUGCCCCCUCUUGUUCCUAUCCCUGCCGAACCCUCUGAUGUUCCUAUCGCUGCCGAGCCCCCUGUCCUUCCUGGCGCUGCUGAGCUUCCAAUUGUUCCAGUGGCUGCCGAGCCAGUACAUGUCAAGGCAGAAGGCAACCCAACCGUUCCCAAACGUAUGAAGCUGGAGCAUCAAGGCCUUCCAAGGAACAACAUUGCGCUGGUCAGCAACAACCAAGUGGUGGAUCUGACAGCUGACGACAGUGCCGACGACAAGGCUGGGGGACCACCGUGGACCCAACAGACCAAGAAGACUGGCAUCGCUGGUCGCUACAGCAAGGACAAGUGA